CUUUUUGGAAUUCCAGAUCCUCGUGUCAAAGAUUGGUUUAUGAUGUCCUCACCUGUACCCACAUUUUUAUUAUGUGUAUUUUACGCUUAUUUUAGUAAAUCUUUAGGACCAAAGUUAAUGGCCAAACGUAAGGCCUUGGAUUUAAGACAAAUACUAGUUUGGUACAAUCUAUUUCAGACCAUAUUUAGUGCGUGGAUAUUUUAUGAGUAUUUAAUGAGCGGCUGGUGGGGUCAUUAUAAUUUUAGAUGUCAACCAGUUGAUUAUAGUAAUAAUCCUUUAGCCUUAAGAAUGGCACGCGUUUGUUGGUGGUAUUACAUUUCAAAAUUCACAGAAUUUUUCGACACACUAUUUUUCAUAUUGCGUAAGAAAACACAACAUGUUUCAACACUGCAUGUCAUUCAUCACGGUUGCAUGCCCUUCUCUGUGUGGAUGGGCAUGAAAUUUGCACCAGGCGGCCACAGUACCUUCUUUGCCUUAUUAAACUCAUUUGUACAUAUUGUAAUGUAUUUCUAUUAUAUGAUUGCUGCUAUGGGACCAAAAUACCAAAAAUACAUCUGGUGGAAGAAGUAUUUAACUUCUUUCCAAAUGGUUCAAUUUGUCGCCAUUUUCACUCAUCAAUUCCAAUUGUUGUUCCGUGAAUGUGAUUAUCCUAAAGGUUUUAUGGUUUGGAUCGGUUUACAUGGCGUUAUGUUCCUAUUUUUGUUCUCAGACUUUUAUAAAGCCAAAUAUACAAAGGCUGCACAAAAAGUUAAAGCCAACAGUACGGCCAAUGGUCAUAUUAAAUCAUCGACAAUAUCCGAAUCGGAGAAAGAACAUCUUAUGGCCAAUGGCAAUGGUAAAUUAUAUACAAAUGGUGAUGUAAUUUAUGCCAAUGGUAAUAGCAAUAAAGGAGCUUGUAUGGUAAGUAGAAGAUCAAAAUGUUAAUUAAGCAAUUAAUAU